AUGCUCAAGUACCAAUCCCCUCAAGAAACCAAUCUCCAAAAAACCACCCCGGAAUUCCACGUCUCCUUCAAUGAUCACGUCGACAACGAUUUCAACACCCCCUUAAAGACCUUGCCUCCGAACCGACCCUACUAUGCCGUCGGCGUGCCAGGUUAUUUCCAUUGUCAGUUGCUUCCGGAAGCCUCUCUCCACAUUGCGCACUCGUCUUACGCUCUUCAGUGGCUCUCCAAGGUUCCCCCAGAAGUUAUGGACAAAGGCUCUCCAGCAUGGAACAAUGGUAAGAUUUACUGUGCAGGGAACAAGAAAGAGAUCACUGAGAGUUACUUUUCUCAAUUCAAGGCAGACACGGAUGCCUUUCUAAAAGCUAGAGCUCAAGAGCUUGUUGAGGGAGGGUUGUUGGUGGUUCAAUUCCCUGGUGUUCCCAACUCUAAGGUCCUUCCAUCUCAGAUUGGUGGUGGCCUAAAUUGCAAACUCUUGGGAGAUAGCUUAGCUGACAUGGUGAAGAUGGGAUGGAGGGACUAA